AUGGUGGGCUUGGUCUCGGCCGCUGGUCUAGUCGGAUUCUUGUCCGAGGAGGAUCCAGAGUUGAGAAGUUUCGCACUCAAGCAGCUUGAUAGCCAGGUCGAUUUGUUAUGGACCGAGAUUGCGAAUUCGAUUGGUGAUAUAGAAGCCCUCUAUGAAGACGACACCUUUCCGGAACGAGAGCUCGCCGCCAUCCUUGCCUCUAAAGUGUACUAUCAUCUCGAAGAAUAUGACGAAAGCAUGGCUUUUGCUCUGGGUGCAGGAAAAUAUCUCAAGUUGGACAACGCCGGCGAGUUCGAGGACACAAUCAUCUCAAAAUGUCUAGAUACCUACAUCGCUCUCUCCGCUAGCCGUGAUGUCACCCUCGCUGCUACCACCGCGGCAAAUCAGCCUCAAUUAGACACUGCUUUCGGACAAGGCGGAGAUGGUGCUGCAAGCAUGUCUGCCAGCUUGACCUCCCCCGUCACUCCUUUCUCGCAAUCUGUACUGCCAUCCAAGUCACUUCUAUCGAGACAAAAUACCGUUACCUACGAUCCUACUCAAGCCGGUGGCGAUGCUGGCUUGGAUGAUUCAUCAAUUAUCAUUCAGCAGCGAGGUCUCCAAAAAGCUCUAAACCGCGUUGUCGAAACUCUCUUCGAGAAAUGCUUUCAAGAAAAACGCUAUCGUCAGGUUGUCGGCAUUGCCCUUGAAUCCCGUAAUCUCGACAUUCUCCGAAGAGUCAUCAAGCGCGCUGCUGAGGAUGAGCGGAAAGAGAAUGGUGAGGCUACAAAGGCUGGUGAAGAUUUGAUGGAAUACGUCUUGGAUAUUUGCAUGAGCGUCGUCCAAGAACGUGCUCUACGGAACGAAAUCCUAAAGCUUAUUCUUGAACUACUUAACGAGAUCCCUUCGCCCGACUACUUUGCGAUUGCCAAGUGCGUGGUAUACCUUGAUCAGCAUUCUCUGGCUUCCAAUAUCUUGCGCCAACUUGUGGAGAAGGGAGAUGCACGCUCACUGGCAGUGGCCUAUCAAAUAUCUUUCGAUCUGUACGACAACAGUACCCAAGAGUUCCUUCGCAAGGUUCGGGAAGAAUUGGUUGAACUGCUACCUGUUGAAGCAGAAUCUACCUCGGACGCAAAUCAACAGGAUCCUGAUCUCAUGGAAGAAGAGAACGCAGGAAAGGCCGAAGAUCAGCUGCAACAAGAACUUCAAGAUUCGGCCGGUGCCCCGGCACCUUCACGCCCAAAGUUUAACAAGCCUGAGCAGCAGGAAGCUGUACGCUCGAUCAGGGACAUACUGGACGGCCUUAAAUCCAUACAUUUGAAUAUUGAGUUCCUGCAUAAGUCCAACCGAGUUGACCUCUCAAUUCUGAACAAGAUCAAGGAUAGCUUGGAGGCCAGGUAUUCCAUCUAUCAUACCGCUGUCAGUCUUUCAACAGGUUUCAUGCAUGCCAAAACCGCAAACGAUUCGUUCUUCAGAGACAAUCUGGAGUGGUUGGGUAAAGCUGUUAACUGGUCCAAAUUCACUGCUACGGCCGCUCUUGGAGUCAUCCAUCAGGGCAAUAUCAAUCAAGCUCAGAGAUUGCUAAGUCCUUAUUUACCUCGCUCUACUGCAGGCGUUGGUGCUUCAACAGGCUCUGUCUACAGCCAAGGCGGCUCGCUAUACGCCUAUGGUUUGAUCUGUGCCAAUCACAAGGGCAAGGCUGUCGAGUUCCUCCGCACUAAAUUCAGAGAAUCGACCGAUGAAGUUGUGCAACAUGGUGGUGCUCUCGGUCUUGGUGUGGCCGGCAUGGCAUCUGGUGAUGAAAGUCUUUUUGAAGAGCUUAGAGUGGUCAUGUGGGCUGAUUCAGCCAUCAAUGGUGAAGCUGUUGGCUUGGCCAUGGGUCUCGUCAUGCUUGGCUCAGGGAAUACCAAAGUUUUGUCAGACAUGAUUCAACAUGCUCAUGAUACUCAGCAUGAGAAGAUCGUUCGUGGUCUUGCCAUCGGUAUGGCUCUCAUCAUGUAUGGUCGUCAAGAAGGUGCCGAUGAACUCAUUCAGGGUCUGUUGAAUGAGACUGAUCCCACCCUGAGAUAUGGUGGCAUUUUGACCAUUGCUCUAGCCUAUGUGGGGACCGGAAGCAACAAAGCUGUUCGCAAGCUGCUUCAUGUAGCUGUCAGCGACGUCAGUGAUGAUGUUCGCCGCAUUGCUGUCUUGUCCCUGGGUUUCAUUCUUUUCAGGAAGCACACCAGUGUACCAAGAAUGGUGGAACUAUUGGCCGAGUCUUAUAACCCUCACGUCAGAUAUGGUGCUGCCAUGGCUCUAGGUAUCUCUUGUGCUGGCACAGGUCUUGCUGAAGCGAUUGACUUGCUUGAACCUAUGCUCAAGGAUCCUACGGAUUUCGUUCGUCAAGGUGCCUUGAUCGCUCUUGCCAUGGUACUGGUACAACAGAACGAGGCUUUGAACCCUAAAGUGGUCGCGAUUCGCAAACAGAUGCUCAAGAUCAUUGCUGACCGACAUGAAGAUGCUAUGUGCAAGUUUGGUUGCGCGCUUGCAAUGGGUAUCAUUGAUGCUGGUGGUCGAAACUGCACGAUAAGUCUACAGACGCAAACUGGCAACUUGAACAUGCCUGGUAUUGUGGGUGUUGCAGUCUUCACACAGUACUGGUAUUGGUUUCCCCUUUCACAUUUCUUCUCGCUGUCCCUAGCACCAACAUCCAUUAUUGCUGUCGACCAGAAGCUCGAAGCCCCGGUAUUCAAAUUCCACAGCAACACUCGUCCAAGUUUGUUUGAUUAUCCCCCCGAACAAACUUCCAAAGCAGAUGAGGCCCCUGAGAAGAUCAAGACAGCUGUUCUGAGUACAACUGCUCAAGCCAAGAGGAGAGCUGCUCGGAAAGAGAAGCAGCAACGACGCGAUAGCAUGGACGUGGACACCGUCACUCCAGUCACACCGAAGAUCGAGAAAGGAGACAAGAUGGAUACCGAUGAUGCAACCAUCAAAGAUGAUGAAGGCAAGGAAGGUGAAAAGAAAGAAAAUGAAGGACCCGAGGUCAAGAAGAGAGCUGAGAAGGAGAAGGUUGGCUACGAAAUCGACAAUAUGUCCAGGGUGUUGCCUGCGCAGUUGAAGUAUCUAUCCUUCCCGGAUCAACGCUAUCAACCUGUCAAGCGACCCAUCACAGGUGGCAUAAUUGUUGUUCACGACACCGAACCCGACACUGAAAGGGAAAUUAUUCCCUUGACCGUCAGCAAAAUUGAGGCUGUCCGCGCCGCACCCGACCCAGCACAAACUGCCAACACUACCAGUCGAGAGCCUCAGACUCCUGCUGGUCAGACUAUAGGCCGAGGCAGUGGUCUUGAUCUCUUAACAGGCGGUGGUGCAGCAGCUGCAGCAGGUGUCCUGACAGCUGUCGACGAAGAUGAAGAAGGUGCAGAAGAAGCACCACUCCCUGGAGAGUUUGAAUACGACACCGACGUCGAGGAGGACAAGGCCGAGGAAGAUUAG